AAGACAAUAUCACCAAACUUUUUCCACCAUCGAAUUUACCAGCUUGUAAAAACAUAAUAGAUAGGUAUUUACGUAAAUAUGAUCUUGAUUUUCUGUUUGUCACGCGGCGCCACUAUCGUCUCGUGCAAUGAAAAAAAGUAAAUAAAUAAAUAAACUUAACCUGCCAGCAAGGAAACAAUAACGUAUUAUCCGUGAAUCACGUAAUAAGGAUAUAUUAUCGUGAUAUGCCUUCGUAUUGCGCGGUGCCCAGUUGUAAACUUAACAAAUAUAAAGGUGGAAAGAAUCCUUCGACUUUUCAAGUUCCAAAUGAUGAAUCGCUUCGAGAAAGAUGGAUCAUGUCCAUCCCAGGAAUUGAAUUUUUAAGAUUAAAUCAACGUGUAUGUGAGAAACAUUUUGAGGAACAUUUAUUAAUUAAAGAAUAUGUAAAAUAUGACAACAGUGGUAAACUUAUAGCGCAGGUCCCUCUUGCGCAUGCUCGUUUGAAAAAAGGCGCUGUACCAACGAUAUUUGACCAGACCUUUGAGUCAAGAAGUUCUCAUAAAAUUUUAACUACCGAUCACACGUACGCGUUAUUGCCAUGCUCUUCCGUCUCCUUGUCGAAAGCCGAUGCUGAAACUGUUUGUGUAAAUACUUUCAGUAAUUUGGAUAUAAAUUCUAACGAUCUGUGUAUGUCAGCAGAUACAUUGACAACAAAUAAAUUGCAAGCUAACGAUUUAUCGAAUAAUAUUGAAAAUACUACGAAAUGUGAAUUCGACUUAGAAGAUGCAUCUACAGAAAUUAAACCGGAGUUUGUACCCACGAAUUCUGAAUAUUUAUUCGUUUCUGCAACUUCUGACAUUAAAUCCAAUGUUGCUCUUCGACCCAAAGAUGCGCUACCGAAUAAGCAUGCGGAAACAAAGUAUCAGUGUGCAGCGAAUGAUAUUUUAAGAUCUAAGUUGUUGACAGCGAAUGAUAAAGCACAAGAGGAUGCUUGGACCAAUGUUACUUUCGACUCUGUCUCGUUUAACUUAAAAUCUCUAGGCGAGGAUAGCAUCGAGAAUAAUUUACGUAUGAAACUGCCAAAACCAUGGAAUGCAAAUAAAUUGAUAAAAGCAUCAGAAGAAACUCUUUUAUUAUCGUGCAUCGUACAAAUCGAUGAAUACGGAAUUCAAAAACAUGUUCUCGAAAAAGCUGUUACAAUUAAGGCUUCUAGGGAAAUGAUCUACGAAAUUUAUUCUACCCCUGUCGAUAUUACCCCAGCAAAACUUCCAAAAUUUUUGAAAAUGAUUUCAACGUUACCGGAGAUUUUAAAAAAAUUUAAGGAUUUACGGACGUGCGAAGGGAUUAUGACGGUAGACUUAGAUUAUGUACAAAAUCAAGGAGAUUUCAAAAGAGACAUUUAUUCCAAUUUACGACAUAAAGAUUGUUCUGUAUUAUCCAUUCAUAGUAAAAGAUGCAUUGCUUGUAAGAAAGCCUCUAAAAUAUUGUCCCAAAAAGUUAAAAGGAUAAAAGACAAACAAAAUAUGCAACGUAUAUCUAAUUCUGCAAAUCCUCUCGAGCAAAUGAAAUUAAAAGCUUUAAAGAAAAAGCUAAAGUUCCGCGCUGCGGAAACUUAUCGUUCAAAGAAGAGAUUUCAGGUAUUAACAAACUUCGUACUGAAUCAGAAAAUUAAAGUCGCUAACGUCUCGCGUGAUGUAUUGGAAAAAAUUUCGAAGAAUCAAAAAUCGAUCGUGCAAGAAAUCGUUUCAUCCGCUCAAAAAUGUGACCCAAGAGGAUGCCGAUACACGAAUAAAUUCAUAUUGCUUUGCAUGUUAAUGAAUAUCAGAUCGCAAAGUUACUAUGAAUUCUUGCGAAAAAAUAAUAUUAUACCGUUACCGUGUACAAAAACGAUCAAAGAUUAUUUGACUUUGAUAGGAAGUAAACAGAAGAGUGCAACAAACGAAAAAUUUGUAAAAAAACUGUUAUGAGCUUUGAAAUGAAAAGUGACACUGAUGCGCUCACAUUGCGUCACCCAGAAGCGCCGCGAAAUACAUAGUACAAUACGGAGAUUCCUAAAGCAUUAGCCUUCACCCAUUGAUGGGUUGCAUUAAAUAUUCAAAUACAAACAAUUUUUAAAUAGUAGAACAAUAUCUUUUUUAUUCAGCCUUCUUCGGCAUCGUGUUAACUUCACACAGACGGAGAACGAUACAAGAUCCAAUGAAUAAAUUUUUACUUCGUAUCUCG